AUGACAAGGCGUUCUCMAAGUWCUMCAACCUMUUCGACGCAMAUAACGSCGUCAAAAACCUUUUCGGCUUCACCRCAAWCACAGACACGAGUGAUUACUGCAAGCACGUMUACCAAACCUUUCAUUAUCAGCAAGAUGAGUAAGAUCGAUUCGAUUCAAGUUUAUUCCACUUCUGMRGAGGAACRGAGGAAAACGUCAAUGUUUUAUGUCGUUCCAUCUUUGACAAUUUCCUCAGAAAGAAGUAUAUCGUUCAAGGCAACGUUGAGUCUGAAGUUGAUAAAGUCUGUUGGGAGUUCUGUUGGAUAUAAAAGCCCAUCAAUCGUAUCAACGUUAAUUGAGUCAUCGUCUGCUAGUGAUGAUUUAUCGUCUAAAAUGACUUCAUCUCACGUAAUUGACGACGUUUUAUCGUCUGCGGAACGUGAGCCACCAUCAUCAGUAUCAACAACAUUGUCAUCUUCAAGACAUCGAUCAACACAAUCACUAUCAUCAACACAAUCACUAUCAUCAACACAAUCGCUAUCAUCAACACAAUCGCUAUCAUCGACACCUUCAUCACCAUCUAUUGUAAGUAGUUUAUCGUUUUGGGCGUUUUCGUUGCCCAAAUCAACAYUGYUAUCCUCAAAACAGCAAUCRCAAUCGCAACAACAAUCAAUAUCAUUAUCACCAAUACAAUCAUCAGAAUUCCAUSAACUAUCGUCGUCAUUUCAAUCACCUUUGCCGUCGUCACCAUCGUUGUCAUCGUCGACAUUACGAUUUCUGCAGCCAUCRCCAUCAUCAGUUCCAGCARCUUCUUUGACAUCAUUAUCAUCAUCUGAUUCAACAACAUCGUCACCAAGCUCUACGGAAACACCAGUCAAUGUGGUCAGCUAUUUCCGCGUGAAAACUUCAUUUAUCAACGAGCUAAACCCUUCUAGUUCGAUUCAAACUGUUUCAUCUUCUUCAAGUUUUGCAACUGAUUUCGAACKAUCAACKAUUGGAAUGUCAUCGUCUCAGUUAUCGUCAGUGAUACUGAUGUCAUCAUCAACGUCGAAGAAGUUGUCAACUGACGUCGUUAGUGAAGUGACCUCAUCAAUUCCAGUGCUAUUGUCAUCAAUGAUGUCAUCGUUAUCAUCUCCAUCAUUGUUCGGAAUAGCAUCAUCAAUGAUACUAUCGUCCUCGGUAUCAUUAUCGGCAUCUACUUCAAUAAGUGGAGAUGGAUCUAGAGCGACGUUACGAUCACAGACACGUGACACAGCAUCAUCAUCAACAACUAGGGCAACGUCAUUGUUUGAAUCAUCAUGGACAGUACAUGCAGGAACGUCUCCAUCAUCACUAUCAUCAUCGUCGUCGCUAGCAUUGUCAUCAUCAUCAUCUAAAUCGCUAUUAAUGUCAUCAUCAUCACAUUUGACCUCAGCAAUGUCAUCAUCAUCAGCAAUGCCACACCCAUCAUCGGCAUCGGCAUCGUCACAAGCACUGUUAUUGCCAUCAGCGAUAUCAUCAAGGACGUCAUCACCAUCAAUAUUAACGCCAUCAUUAUCAUUAUUGACGUCAUCAUCAUCAUCAUCGACUCCAUCAUUAUCAGUGUUAUCAUCAUCAUCAAUACUGACGUCAUCAUUAUCAAGGUCGUUACCAAGGUUACAUUCAUCAUCUUYACCUUAUCGAUCAUCAUUAUCGAGUUUACUCAGACCAGAAUCAUCUCAAACAUCAGAUGUCAGCUCAAUUUUAAGAAUGAUUACRAGUAGUCCUAAUAUUGGCACUAUAGGACCAUCAUUGGCUAUGUCCUUAUCGCACAUGCGCCAUAGUAUGAGUUCCARAGACCUUUUUACAAGCCCGGUUAAAGUCACACCAGACAAAACAAACAUUCAGAAUGAAUAUUCAAAGACUGGCGGAAAUGUCAGGACAACAGGUGUGAUGGUAAAGAACACGAGGUCRACUUCCAAGUUCCAAACCACUGCAAAGACUACAAUGGCCUAUAUUUCACCAUCACCCACUACUCACGUCUUCCCAGCAAGCAGUACGGUCACGGAUGGAAACCUUUCCACUACUGCCACGGGGGAUGAUGCCGCUGGGACGAAAAACGACGGCUCGGAAGAUAAAAUCAUGMUUUUCAUCAUAGUCGCUACGAUUCCAACGAUUCUCUUGUUGAUAUUYAUUGCGGUUGUCUUAGCAAGACGAGCAAGAGAGAAAGGAACUCGUGAACCAUUCUUUAAGAUCCAAGUUGAAUAUAAUGAUAAACCACGAAGACCACGAAGCUCGAAUAGUCGACUUGAUUUGACAAUCAACGGAAUGCAGAUUGACGUAGAAUACGACGCGAAUGACAAGCGGGCGUCACGGCUGUCCAGCACAUCUUUUAUAGCGGACCCCGAGCAAGUCCGUGAGCUACACAAACUUUCACAAGAAUGCAAAGAGAAUUUAGUACGAAUUCAUGAAAUGUUAGAACGUGAGCUUGAACCAGAUACUUCCAGCGAGYCCCCCAGUCCGUCCCACAAUUCUGAGCUUGCGUGUACAAACAACAGAGAUAGCGUUUAUUCGUCUUGUUCUGAAAUUGAGAAAGGAAGUCAUGAAGCAAGUGAAAAAGAAAUAAAAAGAAGCAAUUCGUCUACUAGAGGCGACGCAGAGAUAGAUCUACCAUUUUUAGGCAAUGACAUUGGUGAUUUUAUUGAUUCUGUCUUCAAUAGCAACGAGAACGAAGAAUGUUUGAAUAUUACACCAGUUAAACCUCCAAAACCAACUCUUUUGCCUAAGCCUUCUAUGAAAAAGGCUGUCCCUGUCGUUCAACAACCAAAGCCAGCACCUCGAUCUAAGAAACAAACACCCAAGCAGGAAAAAUCUCCAGAUACACCAAACCAACAUCUCUCGGUUGUAUGCACUAAACACCCUGUACCAAAGAACAGGACCAGACACGCCCACGAAUCRCUCAAAAACGGGGAAAAACCGACCGUUGUACGACGAAGACCCGAAGUUCCGAAAAAGACUUUAGGAAGGGAUAACUGUACAUUUGAAAAGAGAGGAAAGCCUCCCAUUCCUAAGAAACCAGAUGGACUGGUAAUCAAAAUAACAAAACGGACUCCCAGUGACGAAUACAAGAAACAAACUGCUGUAAAAAACAAGCGAACUUCAAAGAUUUCACAAUGUGACGAUGUUUAAAGAGUUUAUUAUACUUAAUAUGUUGUYUUGCUUUAGAUUAUUCAUUAUUGUUCCUUUGAGUUUUGGUUAAUUUGUUGUAGUUUACAGAUUAAGAGCGUUAGAAGAAGUAACUUAUUAAGAUAUAAAAGACACUGUGUAAAUYAAAUAAUGAAAAAUUGUACUAUUGACAUUUUUAAACUGAAUUUUAAGAAGGAAGUCUGGCUGGAARUCUCCCUGUCUCCUUAGUCUCCUACGCAGCCGUUAUUUUGUGCUGUCACAAAUGUAUCAACAACACAAAGCAAAGCUUCGUAGGAGGCUGCUAUCAGAACAUAUUUGUAUAAAGAAAUGAAGCUGUUGUUUCUGCUAAAACUAGWAAAUACUAUUAAUUUACUUAUAUUUAAUAAGCAUAUGGAAAUGUGUAAAACACUUUGCCAUAGUAACAUGCAGCAGUAUUUAUAACAUGGACAUGCAAUUUAAGCUUAUAAUAAAAUCAAUAAAUGUUGAAGACGA